CGGCUUCAAGUUCAAGGAGACAACCCUAAUAAUAUCAAACCAGCAAACUUUCCUUCACCACUUUCCCCUGCUUCCUCAGGCUUGCAAGAACAGGACAAGAACAGCAGGAAUCACGUCGCCAUGGUUUCAGUGAAUCCCGCUAUUGGCCUUGCGUCUCCGGCACCUAUUUCAGAAAGGCUUUGGCUCUCCUGCUCUGACCUCGCAGCUCGCGCUUUGGCCUGCCCGUUCGUUUCACAGCUCGCAGCUGGCAAGCUUAGAAAACUCACAUUCCAGCAUUACAUCGCGCAGAAUGCGUUCUACUUAGCUGCACUGGCAGAAACAUAUGAACGGGCUGGAACUUACAUCAAAGAUUCUGAAGCGAAAAGGUUGCUGUGGGAGUUGAGGGAAGCAGUGGUCCUGGAGCUGGGGCGCUAUGAUGGGUAUGCUAACGCUUGGGUUAUCGAUCUGAAGGACCACCCUGAGCCCAGCGAAGCAACAAAGAAAUACAUCGACUUCUUGAUCCGAGCGACUUCAAGAGCACAAAACGUUGCGCUCCCUAGUGCCUUUAGGGAAGGCGAAACAGUCGCCAACAGGUUAAAACCAUUAGAAGUUGAGUCUUGUACAUAUGAUGAGAAGAGCUCUAGAAACGGUAUCGAACUUGGGGAUCAAAGUGUAGACGGGUUUUCUGAUCUACUCGAAAAGGUGGAAAGGCAGGCGACGAAGGUUUUAGAUCCGAAGCAGCAAACGAAUCAUAGGAAUCUGAUGGAUCAGAGAUUCUCGCCGAAGAACUGUAGUGCGGCAAAGGCAGUUGCUGCACUGUUGCCGUGCAUGCAGCUGUAUGCGUUUCUUGGCAGGGAGUUGAGCAGAGGAAACGAUCUCGAGGGUCAUCCUUACAAGGACUGGAUUACGAGUCACGCCUCUGCUGAGUUUCAGGCCGCUUCUGCCAAGAUGGAGACCAUUCUCGACAGCGUCUGCCAACAAGACGAUUCCUUGGAGGCACUGCUGCCAGUGUAUAGAGAGGCAAUGCUCCUGGAGCUCAAUUUUUUCGCGGGACAACCGGCCCUCUUGCCGGCGGCACCGCAUUGAACCGUUCAGCAGCUGAGCUUGGGCUAAACAUGGCAUAUAGACCUGAUUGGACCACCAAAACCUCUGCUGGCUUGCCCGACAGAAGGCCGCCACCGCCGCCUGGCGGCAUGCGUUGAGUACUUGAUACUAACCCGAGAGCCGAGGACAUCAAUGAUCUGGGCCGGCCACGUGGCACGAUCAUGCGCUUUCAUAUAUACGGGGACUCAACGAAUUGAAUUAUGGCCAGUCGAAACAUGUAUAACUCGCGGCCCUGUCAAUCCGAUUAGAAGCUCCGAGUCCGAUAGACGUAAUUCACUGAAGGCCGCGAAGAAACGGUUCGCUCAUUGCCCCGAGUCGUGUGGAAUUACCAUUGAGAACCAGGC